GGCACGGGUGUGGGUGACUUUGGGGUAAACCACAUUGUCUUCGGCAUUCUUCCGCGGUGCUGGGGCUUUGACUUUGAAGCAUAGAUGGUCCGGGGAAUUUCCUUUUGCAAUUUGGGUGAUGAGAGGAAAUCAUCCAGAACCCAGAGAGUGCGGACUUGCUCAGUGUGACCUUGAAUGUGGACACAGCUCACCUCCUCUCUUCUCCGCACCUCCGUGUACUUGGAGCAGUUUGCCUUUCUCGGUUGGAUCCCCUGGGUCUGUAGCCAGAUUUCACAUUGAGCAGCUGCAGACGGAGAAAUCAGAGAAAGCACAACCCAGCCCCAGAUUCCGAGGGGCCUGCUGGGGACUCUCCUGCUCGAGAGGGAAGACCCCGAGGCCGGAGUCUCAGGCCAGGUCCUGGCUGCCAUGGGACUCGCAGCUGCCGUCCUCUGGCUGCCCUCCCCGCGGCCAGGCAGAUAAGGGCGGGCACUGCCCCAGGAGCACCUGCUGCCCCCUGCCGGGCUGCUCCUCUUUGGCCAACCCUUCCCCAGCUUUGGGCCACCUUCGCUGACCCGAGGCCAUGUAGGCCCCACCUGGGCCUUUGUGGAUAGACACACGGCUGGGGACACCGCCUCUGCUCUCUGGGGGACACAGCCCACCACCAUGCCCCGGGGAAUCGCCUGGCUGCACUAUCUUGGGAUCCUCCUUGGCAUGGCCUUGGGGAACGAGGGUUUGGAGAUGUGGCCCUUGACCCAGACUGAGGAGUGCGCCAUCACCGGCUUUCUGCGGGACAAGCUGCAGUACAGGAACCGCCUUCAGUACAUGAAACACUACUUCCCCAUCAACUACAGGGUCGGCGUGCCUUAUGAGGGGGUGCUCAGAAUGGCCAACAUCACCAGGCUGCAGAGGGCCCGGGUCAGCCAGCAGGAGCUGCGGUAUCUGUGGGUCUGGGUGAGCCUCAGCGCCACGGAAUCCGUGCAGGAAGUGCUGCUCGAGGGCCACCCGUCCUGGAAGUAUCUGAAGGAGGUCCACACGCUGCUGCUGGACGUGCAGCAGAGCCUCAGGGAUGUGGAGGUCAGCCCCAAGGUGGACGCGACAGUGUCACUCCUGAGUGCCCCGAGGCUAAGCCUGAAGCUGGUGCGACCCAAAGCCCUCCUGGACAACUGCUUCCGGGUCAUGGAACUGCUGUACUGUUCUUGCUGUAAACAAAGUUCCGUCCUAAAUUGGCAGGACUGUGAAUUGCCGAGCCCUCAGCCCCACAGCGCAGAGCCCUCAUCACAGUGCCUGGCUGCCCAGCUCUACCCUCGGUCCCAGAAGCCCCCUAUCUCCCUGCCCCGCUCUCCAGGAUUCAAGACCGGACCCCCGGCUCCGUGAAGCUGCCGAGGGCGCGGGCAGCGGCCUGUGUGGGGCAGCUGGAGGUACUCCUGCAAUUCAGUGGAGUCUCGGACUUGUCUGGGGGGUGGUGCCCCCCCCCCACCCUUCUUGGGAGAGGAACAGCCAGGAGAGAGUUUUUCCUUUGAGGGGAUUCUGGGCCUGAGAAGGGCUCAGCUUCCCACAUUCUGUACCUCACCUGGUCUCACCUGGAGCAGUGGGGGUCUGGGGGCACCCGAAGGUGGACAGUGUUCUCUUCCCUUUCUUGCACCACCGGGGCUGCCCCCCUUGCCUGGAGGCAGUGCUGAGUGUCUCCCGUGGCCUGCAAGGCGAGAACUGUGCCGACUGGGGGGCUGGGGAAGCAUGGGGGAAGGGCAGAGCCCCACACCCCACGUCUUGCCACAGUGGAUGCUCUUCCAGCUCCUAUUUUCUAUUAAACACUUGCUUGUUUUGGUUUGGUUUGCAUCUGCGAAGGCGAACCCCAGAGGGCUGUGAGCCCCUCUGCUAUCUCCCUGUGGAGAUUCCAGCUGGCUAAGGGCAGGCAGGAUGCAGGAAAGGGGCGGGCUGGUCCGGGCCUGGGUCUCAAGAUUUGGAUUUGGAUGCAGCCUUUGCCAGGCGGCCCGGAAAUGGUAAGGGAGGGCCUGAGUGUCUUCUAGACCUGUCCUAGCCUCUGAGGCCUCAGCGAGACCGAGACUAAGGGGCAGGGGGUGUCAGGCUGGUCCUCCUCAGUGCCGCCGAUGCCCUCCCUGGCUCCAUCGGGCUGAGACAGAGCAGAGGUGUUCAAAGGCUUAGGUCCUGGCCCAAGACCUGGCCACUCCUGCCCCUGCAACACGAACCCCGGGCUCCUGGGGUGCCCCUGCCCCAGGCUGGACUGGGGACAGGACAGGCCGGAAGCCAGGCGGAGGCAGGGCUGUUAAUUACAGUACGACUUUAUUAAUACUGGACUCUUCACAGUGCAUUUGUUAUUGGUAGCAGUGACUAUUUA